ACCACAGUCAAAAAUAGACCGGAGGAAGGACGAAGAGGGGUCUGGAGCUGCUACGGAGGGGAGAUAUAUCCAGGUUUGAUUUCUGUUUCAUUGAACUCGUUUUUUUUUCCAGUCGCUUGAUUUCCCAAAGCUAUGGUCCAGUUUUUAGUGAGCCACAGAGAGAGCUUCAAUCUUAAGACUGCUACCAGGAGGGGUUAUGUGUAAACUGUUUAGACUAAACUGCCGGUUCCUCCUCUGUUAGGACCCAGACAUGGAUGUGAAGGACGAGACGGAGAUGCUGUCCGCAGCCAAACGUGAACAAAAUGGAGAAUUAGAGUAAACACACUUCAAAUAAACUUUUUUUUUUUUUAAAUUAUCUCAAUAUGAAUUAUUUAAAACUUAAACACUUCAUGUGAACUUGAAUAGAACCCUCAGUUUUUCCCUUGACAAGGUAAAUUGUUAUCAGAUUUUUUUUUUGACAUUUAACCUUUUAUUGAUUCACAGCAAGAAAACUGACAGUGAUGGAAAGAAGAAAAAGAAGGAAAAAGCGGAAAAGAUUCCCAUGGUUGGGCCCAUUGCUGUGGUAAGCACAGUCUGUGGUUUUAUUUGUCACUUACUACAUCCCUUGUAUUUUUACUGUCCGUCAACCAAACCGUUAAGCUUUAAAAUGCAGUUAAUAUGUCAUCUAAUGUGUAAAAUGUGUGAGUUUGUGCGAGAGAGAGAGACUUAAAAUGACAGAAAACUGGAAAAUCUGCAUUCAUUUAUGUCUAUUCAUCAUUUUUAAGAAACACCCUUUGGUCCAAAGGUAAAAACUGACGUCACACAAGUAAUUUUAUGAGAAGUGGAGGAGUUGUGGGAUCUUAUGACAAUAAAAGUUUCUGUGUGUGUGUUGAUGUGAGUGUUUGUACAUGUGUGUGCAGUAAGAGGGGAAGCAGGGUGGGAGGAUGGGAGUGCAGCACAUCCUCUUCUUGUUUGGGUGGACUUAGCCAGACCCCUGCUGAGGAAAUAUAAUGGCCCCUUAAAGUUUAAAGUUAUUCCUUGUUUUGAUCAAUUUUUAAAUUUUCUACCAAGUACAUCAUCAGGAGAUUUUUCAACAAAGACAUUCAGAUUUUUUCCCCUUUUUUCUGAAGUAUUCUCUUUCUCUUUUUCUGUGUGUUUUCUAUUGUUGUGAUUUUAGUUCAGAUUUGCAAAAGGCAGCGAUCUUGUGCUGAUCUUUUUCGGGACAUUGAUGGCUAUGGUCAACGGAGUGAUCCUUCCGGUCAUGUGUAUUGUGUUUGGAGACAUGACAGACAGCUUUGUACAAGACUCCAUGGGGUCCAGUGAGUUUUCAGUUACAUGCCGAAGCACCAGUAGAUGAUAAUGGAAUAACUUAUUCUGCUCUGUAAGUCCGUUUUUACAAUGUUUUCUGUUACUUUGUGUCUCCAGUGAUGAACCAAACUACGAACAGCACCCUAGAGAAAGAAAUGACAGAGUAAGUCUAUUUCUGAUCAUUACAAAAAGAGCAAAUCAGUCCUGUCGUCAUAUUUACCGCUGUCUUUUGCUUCUUGCAGGUACGCCAUCUAUUACUCCAUCAUGGGCGCGGUGGUGCUGGUGGCAGCUUACAUACAGGUCUCCUUCUGGACCCUGGCAGCUGGGCGGCAGGUCAAACGUAUCCGCCAGUUGUUUUUCCACAGCAUCAUGAGGCAGGAAAUCAGCUGGUUCGAUGUCACCGAGACCGGCGAGCUCAACACACGUCUGACAGAGUGGGUGGCAAAGGAAUCAUACAGUCUGAUUUUUAAACCUAAGAUUGAUGCCAGGUGUAGACAGCGUCCUCAAUUACCACACCAUCCUAAAUCACCCUAAUUGAAAUGUAGGAAAUCUUGUUAGUAUUACAUGGGGCUGAUAUUUUAAAAGCUGUCAUUGAUUCUUUCAUGGUCCACAGUAAAUGAUAUCCACUCUGAUCAAAAUGUUGCUUAUAUUUGCACAGUGACAUCUACAAGAUCCAGGAGGGUAUUGGUGACAAGGCGGGGAUGUUGAUCCAGGCCUACACCACCUUCAUCGCGUCCUUCAUCAUCGGCUUCAGUAAAGGUUGGAAACUCACCCUCGUCAUCCUGGCUGUGAGUCCCGCUUUGGGUAUAUCUGCUGCUCUUUUCAGUAAGGUAAGUAAGAGUCUCUCAUCGUUGUCAUAUCAACGCAGUCACUGGUUGGUGUUUUGAACAACUUUGUGCCCUUUCUCUUGUCUGAACAGGUGCUGGCAUCUUUCACUAGUAAAGAGCAGACUGCGUAUGCUAAGGCUGGAGCCGUAGCAGAAGAGGUGCUCUCUUCUAUCCGGACUGUGUUUGCCUUUAGCGGUCAGAACAGAGAGAUCAAGAGGUGAGCGUAGUGUAAGGAUUUUUCUGUCUGAGACGUACUGAUUUCAACAUCUAUGGUUAAAAUUACUUCAGAGCCUCAGUGAUGAGACUGUAAUUUAUAUGGAAGCCUCUUUAUGAGCUACAAAAGAAUUAUUAAUUUCUUAUGAUUCAUUCUAAUGUCUGAAACUGCUGCUGUGGGGCAGGUGCACAUUAUGGAAACUGUCUUAUUUAACAUUUUCCAUAUGAAUAAAUCUCUGUCUCUUAACUGCCAAAUCUACCAAAGGUUUGUGCCACCGGAUCCUUAAAAACCUUAAAGAUCCGCAUUAAGAUGUACAGUAGAUCCGGUGAUUAGGAACAUAAAAAGCAAAGCAGUAAGGAUAAACAAAUAUAGAAACCAAAAAACAGACUGAGGGAAAAAUAAAACAUCAUUGUGUGGCUUUGGAUGAGUAAAGUGUCAGUAGCUUUAAAGCCUAUUUCUCUCUCUUACCUGUAAACUGACUGACAGUACUCAAAGUAUAAUAAAGGAUGUACAAUCAUAAAAGCCAUAAGAGCAUACAUGGUUAUUUUCUAAUCAGCAAACUCAAGCAUUUGUUUAGGGCAACCUAACGAUGUUGUGUAACACAAAACCACUAUAAAUGGAUAAAACCCAUAAAAACCCAUAAAAUUGAAUCAGUGUUUUCUACUAAGAGGAAAUUUGUCAAGGCCAUGACGGUUUGUAAUCUAUUUAAACUUUAACCCUUACUUUGCUGUGUGUUUGUGUGUAAUGUAUCACAGAUACAAUAAAAACCUGGAGGAUGCUAAGAUAAUGGGGAUAAAGAAGGCACUUUCCUCUAACAUCGCCAUGGGCUUCACCUUCCUCAUGAUCUACUUGUCCUAUGCUCUGGCCUUCUGGUACGGCAGCACACUAGUGCUUAGUAAAGAGUACACCAUUGGAACUGUUCUCACAGUAAGUAGACAAUUUAUGACAAAAACAUUACUUUUUACUGCUCCAUAAAAUUAAGGGUGACUUAUUUCUGCGAGUUGCUACAGCUAACACUGAUAUGUCUUUGUUCAAGGUGUUCUUCGUGGUGCUUAUUGGAGCGUUUACUGUUGGGCAGACUUCUCCAAACAUCCAGACCUUUGCCAGUGCCCGAGGAGCAGCACAUAAAGUAUACGACAUUAUUGAUCACGUAAGGAUAAAAUCAUAUUUUUCACCCUAAUAUGUGGAAAUUUUCUUUUUUUCACAACUAUUUCACCCAGAAAGCUGUCAGUCUGUAUUACUCCACAUGCACCUUUGUACUCUGGCCCUCUGGGAAGCUGCUUGAAGUCAGUAAUGAGAUGUUGGAUUUUACUCUAAUUGGAGCUCCCGCUGUUUGAAUUAAGACUGAAGGUCAUUUGGUUGAUAUCGCACGGUUGGGACUCUCCCUUUUUUGUGAACUUAUCAAGAAUUUCCUGCGAGGGUGAAAGAGGUAUCAGGUUUGCAAAUGUUGCACCGCUAUCACAUGUAUAUGUGUAUGUAAAAAGGUCCUGAAUAACAACCAGCAUAACCGGUUAAACUUCACCAUGUGUAGGAUGAUACAAGACAAAUUCUCGUCUCUUGCUAUUUUUGGGUGUCUUUAGCCUGUGUAUGGAGUAAAGUGAGACUGUUAGUCACCACGCCGUCAUGCUGAACAAAGAUACAGGAUGCUGCUUUCUUGGAAACUAUUGAUUCAGUAGUACAUCUGUUUGCACCUGAAUGGAAGAUUAGCAUGAAAAACAGCCACAAGCAAAACUGAAGAGUGUGGAAUAACCUCUCAGGGCUGAUUUGUGCUUCACUGCAUCCCGUGCUCCUAACUGUUCCACUGAAAGUCAUUGCCCUAAAUUCUCAUUUACAAUUUUUCCCUGUUAUAUUAAUAACUUUUUGUUGUUUCCACACUCUGUCUUGUUUCUAAUUUUAACAAUACUGGUCUUUGUCAAGUCUGAGCUAAAAAGUUUGAUUACUGAUACAGUCUUCUGUCGAUUCAGAAAUAAAGAGGUGAUAUCUCAGAGGCAAACAUAAAAGAAAUACUUGAUCAACGCAGAGCUCUACUUUUGUCAGCAGCAAACCAAGAGAGGAAAAGUAACAGUCUGUGUGUGUGUGUAUAACAGCAUCAAGAGAAGCAGUAAAAACACACAGGGGGGGCUGUGGAAAUAAACAUUAGCCUUGUUAAAUACGCUCACCCGAACCUGGAGGGCUAACGGCCUUCCUUUCAUUGUCUGUUUGAGGUUAUGAUAAGAAUCAGGUUCCCUAUCCAACUGUGGACAAACUACAAACCAGUCUUAGGCCAAGUUUUCUGAAGUUUAAAAAUGAUGAACUCUUGUCUCAACAGAACCCGAACAUCGACAGUUAUUCAACAACUGGAUUUAAGCCUGACUACAUCAAGGGAGACAUAGAGUUCAAGAACAUCCACUUCACUUAUCCAUCAAGGCCAGAUGUCAAAGUAGGUUGUUGAAGUAUAAUGUCAGCAAAAGCAAUCUAAUUUUAAAUGUAUUUAUAUUUGAACAUUAAGACUGUUGUUGUGUUUUUUUAAGAUAUUAAAUGACAUGUCAUUGGACGUGAAAAGUGGACAGACUAUCGCCUUGGUGGGUAGCAGUGGCUGUGGUAAAAGCACCACAAUCCAGCUUCUGCAGAGAUUCUACGAUCCUCAGGAGGGAUCAGUAAGUUACAUUAAUCCAUGUUAUUUUAUCCAGAAGAGGGUAUUUGCUAUUUAUUUGUGUUUGUGGACAGACACACCCCUGACAGCAAUGCUUAUGGUAAGGCUCCAGUUUGGCCACCCCAGCCAAAAGAGUCUGGCCAAACACAUGCCUGUUUAGUGGUUUAUGAAAAAGGGGAGUUAUUUACCUUAUCAAAAUCCUACACCUUUUCAAACCACAUCCAGUCAGACAACCAGGUCUUUUAAAAGCCUACAGCUGCCAAUGUGGUUUAGCUAGAGUUGAAAAGGAGCUAACAGAGACCCACACAUUUUCUUGAUGUCUUAACUUCAGAAAAUCAGAAAAAAAAAAAAAUCAGAAAAAAUUCAAAACUUCUCAUUAUUUAGAUAAUUAAGGCCUCCUAUCCACAUGGCUGAGACUUGAAACAAUAAGCAGACCUCCACUGUUUUGUAUUAAGUUAAAUUUGCAAGAGUUUAUGUUGUAAGUAAGUGUAGCUCAGCCCCAUUCAAGCGUGAUAAUAUACAUGCCUGUCAACACCCUCAGAGGUCAGCAUGUAACCCAUCAUAUCUUGCUUGCUUGAAUAAAAAUAAACAUCUGCUCAUCGUCACUGUUAGGUUGCCAUUCUAGUGGGUGCUCUUGACAUUCACUGACUAGCUCCAAAAUGCUGAAACUGCUUUAACAACCACAACACAUUUCCUGUUGACAUUUAUGUUGUACUCAUUUGGUAAAAAGGAUAUAACAUACUUCCCACUGCUUCUUUGGUCCAUGGUGUGUCUGCCACUUAAAAGUCUUCUUAAAAGCUGGUUUUAGCCGUCUAUCCUCACCCAAGAGCAGAAACAAUUUUAUCAAUUCUACUUGAUUGUGUUUUCAUUCAUUUAAAAUGUUGUGCCUGCUUGUUUUUUUUUUUCCAUUUUAGGUGUCAAUUGAUGGUCAUGACAUCCGCUCUCUUAACAUCCGCUACCUGAGAGAGAUGAUUGGUGUCGUGAGUCAGGAGCCUAUCCUCUUUGCCACCACCAUCGCAGAGAACAUCAGAUACGGUCGACUUGAUGUGACGCAGGCAGAGAUUGAACAAGCCACCAAAGAGGCCAAUGCCUAUGACUUCAUUAUGUCCCUUCCAGAUGUAAGUUUGUGUUCGUCACUUCAAGUCUUCUAAUGCUUAUCAAGAACUCUGACCAACUCUAAUAUUGAUACAUUUGCUGUUGAGCAGAAGUUUGAGACGCUGGUUGGAGAUAGGGGGACUCAGAUGAGUGGAGGACAGAAGCAAAGGAUUGCGAUUGCUCGGGCUCUUGUCCGCAACCCCAAAAUUCUUCUGCUGGAUGAGGCCACAUCUGCUCUUGACGCUGAGAGUGAGACGAUUGUGCAAAACGCACUGGACAAGGUGACAACUCACAACUGAUAACAGUGAUGCUGCUGUUCUGUUCAUAAAAUGCCACUAGCAUACACUCAACAUAAACACAAAGAGUUUUUAACUGGUUUCUAGAGAUGUUAACUGCACACCUCAAUGGAUGGCAUUGGUUUUCCUUUCAUUCACUGUUGCGGUCCAGACCUAAAUUUUAGUCCCCGGUGAUUUAAUCCUUAAUCUGAUGAUUCCUUGAUUUUUCCAUCGACACCACUAGCAGAUUAUCUUACAGGGUUUUAAGCAAAUUUUCUUGACCAUGGAUGUGUUAAUAAAGCUUGUUUAUGCGCUACAAGACGGUGCUCCAAAUGUGUAGGGUUCCUCAAUAUCAGGGUUCAUUUCAGCAGAACAAGCCAACCUGAAGUUAUUUUCCAAAACAAAGAAACAUAUGAAACAAUAUCUGAAGACCUUUCCAAUUCAUUUAGAUCAAUGGACCUAAAUUAGUUUGUUCAACACUUACAGUACAAGGUGUAUUCAGUGUUUCUAAGCUACUCUUUCGUGUUUCUAAAGAGUGGGAAUAGUCUAAUUUAGCCAUCUAUAUGUUGUUCUGCAGCUUUGACAAAAACCUCCUUACUUCCUGUAGCAGAUAAAUAUAGGAUAGAGUGAUACACAAAAGGAUUAGAGUGAUUUUUGACUUUUUACUAGUUCCACCUUUUAAAAAAAAUUUGAUUCCAUGAUAAAGAUAAGUAUAUUUGCAAAGAAAAUGAUAUUCCCCUCAAACUAAGCUAUGCUAACCUCUAUUUAAGUAGGUUUAGCAUGCUGGCAGGCUUGGUUGCAGUAGCAACAAUCGUUAGCACUACAUUACGAACAAUAGUGUUUGCCUUGUCACUGUUUGUAUUUUCAAGUUAGGUUUUCACCUUUAACUAAACGCACCGUUAUACUUGAUAACAGCUUCAUAAAGUCCUUUUUUUAAACUUUGUAAAGGUUCGACUAGGUCGCACCACCAUCGUUGUGGCCCACCGCCUCUCCACCAUCAGAAACGCAGAUGUCAUCGCUGGUUUCCAGAAAGGUGAAAUCGUGGAACUGGGGACUCACAGUGAGCUGAUGGAAAAACAAGGAGUCUACCAUACACUGGUCACCAUGCAGGUAAGGAACGCACUCAUCACUUUGAAACAACCUUGGCUUGGCUGAAACUUCAGGUCAACUAUAUCGUGUUGAAGUGUCUGUCAUUGUUGUUUUAUGAGGUGUCCUCUCCGCUCUGUUAGACUUUUCAGAAGGAGGAAGAAGAGCUGGAGGCAGAGGGUCAUCUGUCUGCAGAUGAGAAGAGCCCCUUAGUAAAGUCUACGUCACAGUCCUCUCUGUUGAGGAGGAAGUCCACCAGGGGCUCCUCCUUCGCCCACUCAGAGGGAGACAAAGAGGAGAUGGAAAAGUUCAAGUCCGACUACCAGACAGAUGUAAGUUGUAGUGAGAUGUCAAAUCUUUUGACUUGCAUUAAAGAUAACAUUAUUGUACUAUAUUAUUGAAUAUGUGGGUCCAGCUGCCUUCUUUAUUCAGUUAACUACGAUCUUAAGUUGCAGAAUAAAAUGAGUAGUAAUCAAUCUCUGUCCCUUUUUUUUCUGCAGGAUGAAAAUGUUCCUCCCGUGCCGUUCUCUAGAGUUAUGCGUUACAACCUUUCUGAAUGGCCGUAUAUUCUGGUUGGGCUUAUCGCUGCCAUCAUCAACGGAGCUCUGCAGCCGGCGUUUGCCGUCAUCUUCUCCAAAAUCAUUACUGUAUGUUGCUUUCGUAAUAAUAAGAGUUUUAAUAUUUUAUCUAAAUUGCAGUCAGCUUGGUGUUGAAAUAGACGGAAUAAAGAGUUUAUUCUCUCCUCUCAGGUAUUUGCAGAACCAGAUAAAGAAGUCAUUAGAGAAAAUUCGGAGUUCUUUUCCCUGAUGUUCGUUGCCAUUGGAGGCAUAUCUUUCGUCACCAUGUUUUUACAGGUAGAAAUCUAUAUUCAAACACACACACACACACAGUUCACUGACAUUGAUUUUUUACUAUCUUGGAAAGAUGUGAACUUUGACACACAUUCUUCAUUUACUGUCAGAUUUUCGGUGUGAUAAAAAUGUAGAUAAUGCACCCGUUCUUGUUUUUGGUCACGCUUAUUUAAUGGUUGCUGCUGUCUGUUAACUUUGAACAGGGUUUUUGCUUCGGUAAAUCUGGAGAGAUUCUGACGCAGAAACUGAGACUCAAAGCCUUUACGUCCAUGAUGAGACAGGUCAGCACAGAAAACCACAAUAAUAAAAAAAUGAUAAACGUUCUCAGGGUUCAAUCAGAGCCGGAGUAAUUUUUGUGUUUAAAUCUUUAAUGUUAUUUAUGAGAGGAAAGCUGUAAUCUUUGUGUUCUUGUAGGAUCUUGGCUGGUAUGAUGAUCCAAAAAAUAGCGUUGGCGCUCUCACAACAAGAUUGGCAACAGAUGCUGCCCAAGUACAAGGGGUAAGAGUUUAAACAAAGUCACAACACAUGCACAACGAACAAAGCUGUCUGCUGAAGAGCACCUUAGAAAAUCUCUAACCCAUGAUCGUUUCUUCUGCCUUGUUUCUGUCUUUCAUGGACCUCCAGGCUACAGGAGCACGUAUGGCCACACUGACGCAGAACUUUGCCAACAUGGGCACUGGUAUCAUCAUCUCAUUUGUGUACGGCUGGGAGCUGACUCUGCUUAUCCUGGCUGUGGUGCCGAUAAUAGCCAUGGCUGGAGCUGCGGAGAUGCAGCUGCUCGCUGGACAUGCUGCUGAAGACAAGAAAGAGCUGGAAAAGGCUGGAAAGGUAGUCAAUGAAAGAAGGAUGUGUUAAAGUAGCUGAAGUCUCUUUUGUUGUGGUGUCUUGAGUUUUGUUCAAUGACUAUAAUCAAAAUAACAUACAUACGGACAUUUCUAUCAAUGGGCAUCUUCUGGCUUGCUUCCAAAAAAGGAUCUAAGUGUAACAUUUUUCUGCUGGUUUGUCUUGACAGAUUGCCACGGAGGCCAUUGAGAAUAUCCGCACAGUUGCCUCCCUCACCAGAGAGCCCAAGUUUGAGUCUUUGUAUCAGGAGAACCUUGUGGUACCAUACAAGUACGGGCAACAGUGUUAUCCAUUAACUUCAUAAGACAAAUUAGCAAAACUUAAGUGUUACGAGUAGUGUCCUCUCUCACUCUUUGAUGCCACCUUUUUUCCCUCUCUCUUGUCUGUGCAGGGCUGCCCAGAAAAAAGCCCAUGUGUAUGGUCUUACCUACUCCUUCUCCCAGGCCAUGAUCUACUUUACGUAUGCAGGCUGUUUCCGCUUUGGAGCCUGGCUCAUCAAAGCGGGGAGGAUGGACGUUGAGGGGGUAUUCCUGUGAGUAAACAGAUAGUAUUGAUUUAUCUGGGAGUUUUAGAUUGAAAUGAAAAUAAUAUCCCAGUGUCAGAGUUAGCAAACCAAAGCAUCCCUGCUGACUGGUGAGUUUGUUUAUAUGGUAUUUAAUCAUUACCCCGGUUUGGAGUGGGGGAAGGGCUUGUGUGAAUGUUUGAGCUCUGAACCCAGAGCACAUGGUCACACGAGACACCUGUUACAUGAUAAUACAAUAGAAUCGUACACGUGUUUCAGGCUGCAAUAUAACUCAAUGUGUCAGUGGUGGGGGAAGAAUUCACCUUUCACAUUAUUGUACCUUGAGUCCAAAGGUCACUCCACCUUCAGAGCCUGAAGGGACAUAAAACUAUAAAAACACAGAUAUAUUUACUCCCUAACCCCACAUAUACCAUAAAUCCUUAGAUAUCAAUUUUUUAUACCCUCCAAACCAAAGGCUCCAAAGAUACUGUGUCUUGCUUAAAAAAUAUGUCAGAUGUGUCAUUAAUUUUGUCUCUUGCUUGAAAUUUACCCAAGAGACGUUUUGACUUAACAAGACACCCAUGUUAUCAACUAGCAAGUUCAUUUCCUUUGUUCUUCCCUGCUUUGCCUUGAUGCCUUUUCUGUUUAUCCUCAUUAGACUCCUAACAGUUAGAGUUAACAGUAACAUUUGUUUAACCUCCCCCCCCUCAGUGUGAUCUCUGCUGUCCUGUUUGGUGCCAUGGCCGUCGGAGAGGCUAACACCUUUGCUCCAAACUAUGCAAAGGCUAAGAUAUCUGCUGCCCACCUGGUUUACCUGAUUAACAGAGAGCCUGCCAUUGACAAUCUGUCGGAGGAGGGAGAUUCACCGGUACAUUACACACAGAGCUCCACACAUGAAACAUGAUACUACUGCUCUUUAUACAAAUGCUCACGCUCUCCUCUUGUGUCUGAUCUCUCCAGGAACAUUUUGAUGGAAAUGUGCGCUUUGACUAUGUAAAGUUUAACUACCCUUCACGCCCGGAUGUGCCCAUUCUUCAAGGGCUGAACCUGAGGGUGAAAAAGGGAGAGACACUGGCCUUGGUGGGGAGCAGCGGCUGUGGAAAAAGCACCACCAUCCAGCUGCUGGAAAGGUUCUAUGACCCCAGAGAGGGGAGAGUGGUGAGCAGUCAAAUACACCUCAAGUGUUUUGCGUAAUAAACCUGUGCUUUUUUUUUUUCUUACUGUCAGUUGCCUAAUAGUUAACUAGCUUGUGUAUUUAUGACUAGCUUUAGUGUGCUGUACUGACAAGACAGGGACCUGGAGACAGAAAGAGAUCUUUGUAGCAUGUGUGUUUUUAUCUUUACGACACUGACUGUAGCAUGUUAUCUGGAUGGGAUCCUCAAAGUUGCUGACUAUCCUUUGGCUGUAAAAAGGAUCAUAUUUUUUUAGUAUCCCUUGAUCUGAAAACCUCUCACAAGGUCAUUGAUUUAUAACUCUUGAUAGAAUAUCUUUUUUAUAUAUAUGUAUAACUGUAUUAAUGUCUGACUGUACCCACUGCGCAAUGUGACGUCGAAAUAACGUCUACAUAACAUCUACAUAACGUUAUUUUUCGACGUCUAAAUCUCGUCCACUGAAGGUGCAGAAUAAACGUCCAAUUCUGACAUCUUGUGCACGUCUUUUCGACAUCCGAUGUUUGGUGGGUGAUAUGGGCCCUUCUUGACUGGCUGGAGUCAAUAUUCCAAUAUAAACAAUGCUUCACUGGAAAAUUUGUGUGCAAAAAGAGCUUGAAUCACCAAAAGAAAACAUAGAGAUCAACCAAAUCUGCUUUUGUAUGUCUCUCUUUGGCUUUAUUGUUUUAUUCUUUCCAAAAUAAAGGAGGAGCUGGUAAAUAAAGGAGAGUACUAAGUUGCACAAUUGCAAGAUGGUGCAUCUUAGUGCAUUUUAAGACAUAUCCCCCUUGUACUCCUUCUGCAUUAAUCUCUGCUACUUUUCACUCCUGCAGGUGAUGGAUGACAAGAAUAUAAAACAGCUGAACCUCCAGUGGUUGAGAUCCCAGAUAGGCAUCGUAUCCCAGGAGCCUGUGCUGUUUGACUGCUCCUUGGCUGAAAACAUUGCCUACGGAGAUAACAGCCGCGUGCCAUCCAUGGAGGAGAUAGAAGCAGCUGCUAAAGCGGCCAACAUUCACAAUUUCAUAGAGCAGCUGCCACAGGUAACUGAUAUGAUGUCAUGUUUUAGCCAUGUUGGAAUUAGAGAUACAGGAGGUAGUUUGAAUCUGUGACGUCUUGAGAUUUUUUAUUUUGUGUAGAACUUCACAGUUAUCUAAGUCUCACUGAUGAAACAUUAUUCUUUGGACGAGGGGUCGUAGAGUUAUCAAAACUGCCUUGACAUCUAUAUCUAUAAAGAUCAUGGGUCACGUGAUUCUUCUGUAUUUUUUCUUGCAAUAUGACAAUGUCUUGUAUUCUCUUCCCUUCUCCUCUGUUUUUACGAGCAGAAGUAUGACACCCAGGCUGGAGAUAAGGGAACACAGCUGUCAGGUGGACAGAAACAGCGUAUCGCUAUAGCCAGGGCCAUCCUUCGUAACCCCAAAGUGUUGCUCCUGGAUGAGGCAACAUCCGCCCUCGACACAGAGAGUGAAAAGGUUGGUGUUUGUCUCUGUCUGGUUUGCACAACUUCAGGGGGAAUUUGAUACACAGUCUUAAAACAAUACAGUAAAACACAUAAACAGGACGGCAGAAAUAUGAACAGAACCAGAAUUAUUUGGAUAAGGAAACCAAGUCUGGGAGUGUUUGAAGAAGAUAAAAACUAAUUUACUAGGUGCCAAGUGAAACUUGGACAGUUUUGACAAUAACAGCCGAGGAAUGAUCCUCAUUUACACGGGCAUUUUAGACACUCGUCACAAUGUUAUUGUAUCUCUUUUUAUGAGUAUUAGAAAGAGGAAAAAUAUACCACCUUUUUAAAGUGGUGUUUAGAAUAUCUUCACAUUUUGUUCAUGUUUUCUUUGUUAAUAAUGAAAAUCAUGGCUAUCACGAUCAAUCAAAGCUGGUAAAAAAGAAACCUUGUUUAAAUACUUAAAGAUUACUUGAGAGACUGAUGGCCAACAGCAAAAAGUCGUAGGAGUAAUUUUGUAUGUAAUGAGAUAUUAUUUGAGGAUGUUAAAGUAAAGUGAAGAUACUUUUUUCUGAUAAACAUAAAAAUCAUUGUUAUUGAUGAUAUGUUGUGAGGUUAUGUUUAUAUUAUUCCUAGUCAUCACUUCAAGUUCUUCUGAUACCAUAAGACCUGCCAAAACAGGUGAACAUCAAACAAUGAAUUUAACUUUGUUGUAUUUUCUUAGUAUAUAGUUUUUUGUUUUAAUUAUUCUUGAAUUCUCUUACAGCCAGGUAGAGACUUAAAUCACACAGAAACAAAUGCAAACUGCUUGGGUACAAAAACCAUAAAAACAUUUAUACAAUAUGAAUCAAAAGGAUUAUUGAGAGUAUUUUAAAAAAUAUGCAUCUGUGGUAAAAGUUCAAUGUCCAAGUUCAUUCAAGGUUUUUUAUGCUCCUUUCAGGUGGUGCAGGAGGCAUUAGACCAGGCCAGGAGGGGCAGGACGUGUAUCGUCGUGGCCCACCGUCUGUCAACCAUCCAGAAUGCCGACCGCAUCGCUGUCUUCCAGGGGGGAGUGGUGGUCGAACUGGGCACGCAUCAACAGCUGCUGGCCAAGAAGGGAGUCUAUCACAUGCUGGUCACCACACAGAUGGGCCACGGAAGGGAAUAAAGAGACCCAGGGAGCAACGUUGUUUAAAUCUCCAGAAGAGUGGAUUCAACACUCACGCCUUAUAUUACCAUUCACUCCUUGCUUGAAAACAAUGACAAUCAGGCUGAACAGUGGCCUUGAAGCCUCAGUGGCCUUCUUGUAGCUGCUGCCUACUGGGUCCAAAAGUCUGGUUCUGAUCAUGAUCCAUGCAGUCUAAUUUCUUUGCUUCUGUUGUUGUGUUUAAGGGCAUUUUGACACAAUGCAGAGGGUGAAAUACAGGUGUAAUCAAUAAAAUAAAUGACUGAAUUUCUGUUCGCUGUUUCAGUUAGUGAGACCUGCUGUAGUGCACGCCGGCUCACUGUCACCCCUCGCAGAAACACUUGAAUAUUUAUAGAAAAAAAUGUUUUUGUCUUUUUUUCUGUGUCAAGUCUGAACCUCUGCUGUAAAAAAGAAACAUGUUGUAUAUUGUACUCAUUUUUUGUUUCCUUUUCUUUAUUUAAAAGGAUUCAUUCAAGUUUGUGCCUUCGACACUGUGACUCUAUAAUGGCCAGUUUUAUGUUCUUUGGAGCUUCUCAAUGCUUACUGCCUUGACUGGUUAUGAUUUAUGUGCCAACAAAAAUUAAGUGUUAAAGAGUUCGGAGUAUAACAUUUAAGCCAACAACACACUGGAUUUUUAAUGUAUUAAAAACACAAGUUAUGCCUCUUACAGUGGGAUCAACAUCACGUCAGUUGCAUCUUUCUCCGUGUACUUUUGCAGAUUCUCCCAUAAUUUAUUGUUUUAAUGUUGCUUAUCUUGUUAAAAGUUUGGAGUACAUCAGAAGUGCCUCAAAAAUUCAACCUAGAAAAAAGUAUUGAAUACACAGAGCUGUGCAGGUUAUAAUUUUUGUCACACACUAUGAUUGUAAUCACUAUUUUGUAUCAACAAAUGCUCAGAAUUGCUAACUGAUAUGGAAAAAUGUUGUACGCUUGUAUUUAACUAUUAAAGUUUUGUAUCAAG